GUGCCCUUUUACCAGGUUGGGUGUUUUUCUGAAAUUUUCUCUCUGUGUCUCUGUUAUAUUUGAUCUUCGUGUCAAAAGCCAAACUCUGGGAAUUUUUGAGAAAUUAUCAAUUAAAUACAGAUGUUUUGAAGAUUACCCAUUUGGAAGCUAGUGAAUUUGAGCAUAUUUUUCUGUCUGGCCAUGAUUGAGCAUAGCUGCUGUUGUAUUUUUUUUAUAUCUGUAAUUUUAGUAUAUAAGAAAUCUUAUCAUGGUCUAAACAUGUUGAUGGCGUAUGCACCAGUAGCUACUACAAAGUGCCUGACAUACCCGGAUUGUAAUACUCUUCAUCAUGAAGCAUUGCCAACAUCUAGGAAUACCCAUGUCAAUUCCUUGAUCAAUGUUUCAUUAACCACAAAACUUUUUAGGACCCCAUGUAAUUGUACACAACCAUCUUCCUUGUUUUCAUGGAAAAACCGUUUUCAGCUGAACACCAAUCGUGUGGGUCAGCCUCACCAUGUUGCUACAAAUAAAUGGCUAUGCCGGUUGGAUGAUUCAAUUCCAUCUGAUGAUUUAAAAUUGCUAAAACACACGAAGUUGAAUAGCAUAAAGUUGAGUAAAAUUACAUGCCAUGCCACUCCCCGGAAACCAACCUCAGUGGUGGCCGAAGAGGGAGAAGAAGACUUGGAUGAUAAUUUGAGGAGAGCGCUUCAAUUUCUGUUGUGGGUCGCUGAGGGAGUCUACAUAUUGUGGCUUUUUCUGCUCCCUUAUGCCCCUGGAGAUCCUGUAUGGGCUAUCAGUUCAGACACAGUAAAUUCCCUUCUGGGCCUCUCUCUCAAUUUCUUCUUUAUUUUGCCUCUGAUGAAUUCUGUUGGUAUUCAUUUGCUUGAGGCACCAGUUCUACACCCGAUGUCUGAAGGACUAUUCAAUUUUGUAAUUGGGUGGACAUUUAUGUUUGCUCCUUUGCUGUUCACGGAUCGUAAGAGGGACAGAUAUAAGGGAUCUCUAGACGUUUUGUGGGGUUUCCAAAUGUUCCUCACAAACACAUUUUUAAUACCAUACAUGGCUAUCAGACUGAAUGAGGCUGAAUCAGACGACACUCGAAAUCAAAACAAGCUUUCACAGCUGGGGUCCGUCAUGACAAGAGGUGCAUCUGUUGUCGGUCUUACUGGUGGAGUUGUAUGUCUGGUAUCUACAUUAUGGGCGUUGUUUGGUCGUAUGGAUGGCGAUUUCGGGGGCAUUGCAGAGAGAUGGGAGUUUCUGAUUAGUUAUCUUGGUUCAGAGAGGCUUGCUUAUGCUUUCAUUUGGGAUAUAGCUCUCUACACUAUCUUCCAGCCUUGGUUGAUUGGUGAAAAUCUUCAAAAUGUUCAGCAGAGCAAGCUUGGUAUUGUAAAUCUUCUUAGAUUUGUUCCUGUGGUUGGCUUAAUUGCUUACCUUGUUUCAUUGAAUCUUGAUGAUGAAUUAUAGCUUCAAGUAUGUGUAAUCCCAGCUUGAUUGUCUUGUGGUACUUUUGCUGUACAAUAUAGAUAUAUUUUUGCUA